AUGACCCUGGACUUUGUCUUCGUGGGAAUCAACUACUGCGGGCGCCUGCAACCGGUGUCACUAACUAUCCCACCCUAUCUUCAUCUUGCACUCUACUCUGCCACUACCGGUUCCCAAAACGUCAAUAGCAGCAAGAUUCAGGUUUCGGCCGUCCGCGAGAGCGUUCGCCAGGUCAAGCAGCAGUCCGAGGACAAGAAGCGUAACUUCGUCGAGACUGUCGAGCUCCAAAUUGGACUCAAGAACUACGAUCCCCAGCGUGAUAAGCGUUUCUCUGGUUCCGUUCGUCUCCCCAACAUCCCCCGCCCCAAGAUGUCCGUCUGCAUUCUCGGUGAUGCCCUUCACUGCGACCAGGCCAAGGAGAUCUCCAUGGAGUACCAGUCCGUUGAUGACUUGAAGAAGCUCAACAAGAACAAGAAGCAGAUCAAGAAGCUCGCCAAGAAGUACGAUGCCUUCCUCGCUUCCGAGGCCCUCAUCAAGCAGAUUCCCCGUCUUCUCGGACCCGGUCUCCACAAGGCCGGAAAGUUCCCCACCCCCGUCACCCACGCCGACAACAUCGGUGAUAAGGCUGAUGAGAUCCGUGCCACCAUCAAGUUCCAGUUGAAGAAGGUUCUCUGCUUGGGUGUCGCCGUCGGUCACGUCGGUAUGUCCGAGGAUGAGCUCCUCGCCAACAUCAUGAUGUCCGUCAACUUCUUGGUCUCCCUUCUCAAGAAGCACUGGCAGAACGUCAAGACCUUGUUCAUCAAGUCCUCCAUGAACAAGCCCGUCCGUCUCUACUAA